AUGGACAUCUGGCGCUGCUCUGUGUGCAAAAAGACAAAGGGGCUCUCAGGGAAGCACCUUGAGGGGAAAACGAGAGUGCGCUCCGACUGCUGGCCGUGUGCAAAGAAGUGCACGUUUGUGCGGGAGUCCCCCGCCGAGUCGCGAGGCGCGGCGCAGGUGGUGACGGCGCCGUUCCUUUUCAACCCGGCCUUGUCCACCUCCCCGGAGAAGCCCCUGGCGACGGCAACGGCGGCCACAGCGGGAGCGGCGUCGAACCCCUUCGCUGCGGCGGCCGCUCUCCUGGCAAAGUCCCCGUUCGCCAGCGCCCCGCAGACGUGGAGGGGCACAGCGGCGAGCAGCAACCCAUUUGCCACUGCCGUGGAUGCGUCGUUGGCGGCCGGGAAACAGCCGGGGGUUGAGGCGGCCACGCGAAACAACGUGUCCUCGCAGGCAAGGGAAAACUCUCCCAUCGUCAUGCACUCCGUCCCCGUCGCGGACCGGCAACGUCAGUCGCCACCGUUCACCUUCACUUCGGCACCGGGGGCCGCCGUGCCUACGGUCACCGACAACGCAGCCUCAGGGGGUGCAACGAGCAGCAGCAGCGCGCCGGUCUGGCGCUGCUCUGUGUGCAAAAAGACAAAGGGGCUCUCAGGGAAGCACCUUGAGGGGAAAACGAGAGUGCGCUCCGACUGCUGGCCGUGUGCAAAGAAGUGCAUGUUUGUUCUUUCCUGCCCUGAGCCGUGUGCGUCUUCAGAGGCCUUUGCGCCACUUCCUUUCUCUGUGGCGGCGACGGUGCGGGCAGAGCCGCCUACAGGAGGGCAGGCCGCUCAUGUCAAUUCGCGCGGCACGAGUCCCAUGGCAUCUACGACGAGUGCGUGGCAGGCCCCGGUGGUCCCCAUGGACGACCAGGGCGCCAAAGCUUUUAUGAUUAACAGUCGACCCCAAGGGCCGUCCAUAAAGGACCCGUUGGAGCAGAGUCCGAGCCCGGCCUCUGCGGAGCCCUCGCACCCGUGCACCGUCGUCUCCUCAUUUUCCCAGACAUUUGAGGGUGAAGUGUUGCGUGGGUACAGGCAACAACUCGUGGAUGGGAUACGUAUCCGUACCACGUGGCAUAACCGCACGUUGUACGUGUUGGCGCCUGAAAACGGCGGAGGCAAACACCUUGCUGCAGCCUCUGCCUCUCAAGUGGGAGAUGCCGCCGUAGUUUUUCUCGCGGUGGAGCAUAAGCUUGCACUUUCGCCGUUUCGACAUAUGCGGCGCAUCUUCUGCCCAGAUGAGUUUACGUUUGCGGCGGCGUGCAUGUACGCGAACACCUUUUUGGCUGGGCAUCCCACAAGCCCGCAGCAGUCCUCGUUCGUUGUGUAUGGACCGCAGGUGGACCGCACGGUGCCCAUGACGCGGUGGGGGCCCAUCAUUGAGGGCUGCACCCACGCACGGCAGCGGGUCGUAAGCGGGGAGCAGCGGGUGGAGGGGGCGCAAAGCAUCUUUCGCCACAGCGGCUGGCUUACGCUCCCGCUGCACGCCACGGCGGAGGCCAUUCGGCUCUUGGAGGUGCAGCAGCACGCUGACGCGGCGACAGCUGCGGAGUGCCUCGGCGUUGAUGUUGUGCUUGUGGCGGAGACGAUGCGGCUUGAGGAGCUGCCGCAGGCGGCCGCACUGGCCCUUCCCGUGAAGCCGUUUUGA